UGCCACUAUUCCCAAGGUGGUCUUACCCAGCGCUGUCUCAUUUGUGGUGGGGAUCAUGUCGCCUCACAAGCCAGGCGCAUAAUAUCAUAAAAGACAUGAAAAUUCACUUACAUGAUGGCAAAACCAUUCCAGUUGAAUUAGAAGAUAAGUUUCUUUGAUCGUUAUUAUGCCUGGCGUUCCGAGAAGCCGAGGCUGUAACUCUUGUCUGAAGCAGAAGAAGAAAUGUGACCAAGUCAGGCCAGCUUGUUCAAGAUGUGCUCGACUUGGAAUUCCCUGUGUCGGCUCGGGCGAACAAAAAUAUGUCUUCAAGCCCGUAUCAUUCACCAAGCCAUUUAAGACCAGCUUCUCGAAGCCACGAAAGCAGCAGACGUCCUCCCAGGUAUCAAUGUUACAUAAGCCUCAAAGCCCACUAACUCUUCUGCAAGCCAAACUUGUUGCGGCUCUGGAAACAACAGACCUACGAUAUGGCCUCAGCUGUUAUGGAUAUUUUCUAGAGCAUAUUCCGCGCAGGCUUGGUCAUAGCCAUGCUCUCGAUGUUUCAGUUGAUUUGAUGAUGAGUUUAUUUCCUUAUCAUUACUCAUUUGAAAUUCCAUCUCAGGUUCUAGCCAAGUAUAGCAGCGGUUUGAAAGUAUUGAGAGAUCCACAAGACGAAACAGGCACAAAGCUCAGUCCAGAAGACGUUGCAGCCUUUCACAUCAUUAUGAUAUGCCAGAGCUGGCUGGGACAAACGGAUGGUGGGUUGAAGAGCCACGACAAGCAAGUCCUUACACGAUUCAUGGGCACCGUAACAGAAAAAGGCUGGAGUAUCACUUUUGAGCUCCAGUUACUAGAGACCUCAUUAGUUGCUCUAUUUUUCGAGGCUCUUGUUGAUCCACGCAUCGAGUUGGAACAUUAUGUCAGUCGCCUGCGCUCACAAUCACGCCAAAACGAAUACAAUAGUAAUCAAGAUGCUCUUUCUCGAUACUUUCAAGUAGAGCGACUACUCAGGAUCCCGAGAUUUAUGCACGAACCUCUGUGUUAUAUGGAUGAAAUCAAAAUCACAUAUCAAGAGCUGCAGGACGAUCAUGCCAGAAUACUGCACCAUCUCGAGAGCGUAAGAACACAGAAGUCUUCUUCUGGAGACUUGUACUGUCGACAAAAGCUUAUCCACAGGCUCCAAGUCACGGAAGCGAUUCUUCUCACGGUAGCACUAGCUUUGAACAGCAUACUUCGAGCAACGUAUCCAGAUGAUAGCGUCUUACUCUUGGAGGCAUCGACGCUGGCGAACGAACUUAUCGCCCUUGCCAAAGGGGUAUCCCAAUACAGACCUCUUGGUGCCAACUAUAUCCCACCAUGCCUAGUAGCUACAUGGGCGACUACGAGUGCUUUGCAGGCCCAACGAAACGAGAUUGAGGUAUUGCUCACGGAAUAUCAGCAGGAUUAUGCUCGCAUAAAGUGGAUGGAUCAGGCUCAACUGAUGAAGGCAUUACACGAGACGCUGCUUAGACACCUAUCUGAACCGAAUCGGCAGGACAAAGUUGAAAAGUCUGAUGAAGAUGGAAAGCUCGAGGUGCUGAUGGUACAUUGUAAGGCAGUUUUUGGGUCCAUUGGCAGUUGCUUAUUGGCAUCAAGCUGAAGCUCUUGGUCGUCAAGCCUCUAAAGCUGGCAAUGAGUAUGAACCCUGAUCAGAAAAGAAAGAGUUAAGCUUUUGGGGAAAGAAAAUUAAAUAUUAUUCAUGCCAAAGAGCUGGC